UACAAUGUGACGUCAUUGUUGUGCGUCCUUCUCUUGAAGGACCUCAAGGUACGAGGCAACCACAAAGUAAUGCACUUGAGGUUUUAUGCAAAAUAUAGGCAAUGUCUCUGUUCAAGCUUCAACACUUUUCAGAAUAGUUUCAUACUAUCGUCGUCGUAUUGCAGGCUGUCUCCUUGUAUUUCCCCAACAGCCUUCAGGACAAAGAGCAUAGUGCUGAUGGAGCAGGUACAUCCCACGUUGUUGGCCGAUCAAGAGGUUGCAAUAUCGGAAACUACAGAAAUCACUAAAGAAAAAGACCUUACGAGGAUAGAAAAUAAGCAGAAUGACUCGGGAAAACGCAAAAAGGACGAUCUAGAGGAAACGGAGGGAAAAGGACGAGGGAAAAGACGAAGAGGAGCGGGAGGAAAGAAAGUUCGUCCUGGAGAGAGGUACGUCCCUCCGCCGCAGAAACGCAACCCUGGAGUCAGCUUCAAUCAAGAACAUUUUAAUGAGACCUCCUACUAUUUUGAAAACGGUCUUCGGAAAGUUCGUCCUUACUAUCAUGAUUUCACAACUUACUGUAAAGGCCGCUGGGUUGGCAAGAGUCUCCUCGAAGUGUUCAAGAGUGAGUUCAGAGCUGAGUCCAUAGAGUACUAUCAGAGAGCGGCCAAAGAGGGGCGCAUCCGCCUCAAUGGCACACCUGUUGACCACCUCUCCAUUGUGCUGAAGAACAAUGACCACAUGCGGAACACGGUGCAUCGCCAUGAGCCCCCUGUGGUGGGGAAGCCCUUGCAGAUCUUGGCUGAUGAUGGCGAAGUCCUUGUGGUGGACAAACCCGCCUCUAUUCCAGUGCAUCCCUGUGGCCGCUUCCGACACAACACAGUAAUCUUCAUACUUGGCAAAGAGCAGGGCGUCUCAGAGCUCCACACGGUGCACCGACUGGACCGGCUCACCUCAGGAGUGCUGCUGUUUGCACGAAACCUGGAGACGUCUAAACGGCUGGACCAACUAGUCAGAGACAGACAGCUUCUAAAGGAGUAUGUGUGCCGGGUAGAGGGGGAGUUCCCAGAAGGGGAGAUCACCUGCGAGGAGCCUAUCUUGGUGGUUUCCUUCAAAAUCGGCUUGUGUCGGGUGGAUCCUAAAGGUAAAGAAUGUCGUACUGUGUUUGAGAGGCUCAGCUUUAAUGGCAAAACGAGUGUGGUGCGCUGUUUACCACUUACUGGCCGCACCCAUCAGAUCAGAGUCCACCUGCAGUACCUGGGUUUCCCCAUCCUCAAUGAUCCUAUCUAUGGCUCCUCUGCAUGGGGUCCACACAGGGGCAAGGGAGGGCUGCUAAGCAGGACCAAUGAAGAGCUGCUGCAGGCUCUAGUGGAAGAGCACAGGUCCCAGGAGAGUCUACACCUCUUGGACAUACCCGACAAUGUGGUCAGGGAGGUUGAAGAAAUGAAGACAAAAAGAGUCUGUAACGAUGGGGACAUAAGUGGAGCCAAUCACCUGUCAGAUAGUUGCACAAGUGAUCAUUUUAACACUACAGUUACAACAGAUGGCAGUAUCAAGGAAAUUUACUCAAGCUGUGAGAACCCUGUUAAAGGCUCUGAGAGAGAGAGCAUAGCUCCCAGUGCGAUUGCAUCGAACAGUAAGCUGGACCACCUGUGCAGUGAAUGCAAACUUAUACGUGCUGACCCCACAGAGAAGGAGCUCAUUAUGUAUCUGCAUGCCUUACGUUACAAAGGUCCUGAUUUUGAAUAUUCAACACAUUUACCAGAUUGGGCAAAAGAGGACUGGAAAGAGACAGUUUAAGGACCACUGCUAUAAUACAUCAACUUUAUUUUGCAGCUUGGAUAAAAAAACAAUUUGUUUUCCAUACAUACGUCAUAUAAUAUAUUUUUUUUUCCAAAGCAAUGGCUACAUUCUUCCAAGUGUCAAAAUGUAAUGGUUGUACUACCAGGCCUGGAUAAAUAAAAUAGAAUGACU